AAAUUUGAUGUGAAACACGAAAAGAACGGCGUUAGUAUUAUACGAUGAUUAAUAGCACCCGGUAAGAAAAUUCAUUUUCGAUUCGGUUUAAUGUCUAUUGUGUGUGUACGAAUCAGUUAGUUAUGACUUGAUAAUCGUUCGUCGCGGUUUAUAACAUAUUUUCAAUUUCAAAUUCCAAAGAUCCAACAUGAACUGUGAAGUAAGUUAGCCGGACAAAGUAGAUUUUUGUUUUACCUACCGAAAUUCAUCAAUUUCCAACACCGAACUGAAGCACGUGUAUAUUGGAUAUAGUUGAAGAAUUGAUAAUAAAAAAAAGUGAAAUAAGAACGUAUUCAACACACAAUGGGCUACGACGACGUGUUCCCCUAUUUGGGUGAAUUUGGACGAUACCAGCGACGGAUUUACUUGUUGGUUUGUUUGCCUGCUAUUUCUUGUGCCUUCCAUAAACUGGCAGGUGUAUUUCUGCUGAAAACUCCCUCGUUUCGUUGUCAAUUGCCAUUCGAACUAUCAAAUGCCAGCUACCAAUUGCCGGACGAUGUUUUCAAUUUAUCCUAUCCAAUCGAUGGUUUCACCAAAAAACCGACAACCUGCCAAUAUUUUGAUGCAAAUUACACGGAUGAUUAUUUUCAAGCGGGCAUACCAGCCCCUCAAACCGUGUAUUGUGAGCGAUACAUCUAUAACUAUUCAGAGACGUUUCAAAGCAGCACGGUUAGCGAAUGGGAUAUGGUGUGCAACCGAGCAUGGAUGACGGCUACAUCCGACUCACUGUUUAUGGUUGGCGUGUUGUUGGGCAGCAUAAUAUUUGGUCAAAUGUCGGACAAUUGGGGCAGAAAGCCGGUCUUUUUUGCAUCACUUGUCCUACAACUCAUAUUUGGAAUAACAGCUGGUAUCGCUCCUGAGUACAUUACAUACACCAUAUCCCGAAUAAUUGUUGGAGCAACGACUAGUGGCGUCUUUUUGGUAGCAUAUGUAAUAGCCAUGGAAAUGGUGGGACCGACUCGGCGAUUAUUUGCCGGUGUUGUUAGUAUGAUGUUCUUUUCAUUGGGUUAUAUGUUGGUGGGAGCCUUUGCAUAUUUCAUAACUGACUGGAGGUACCUUCAAAUUGCGUUGACGCUGCCUGGCAUUUUCUUUAUGGCUUACUAUUGGUUCAUACCCGAAUCGGCACGUUGGUUGCUAUCCAAGAAGCGCAAAGAUGAAGCUGUCAUCAUCAUCCAAAAAGCAGCUAAAGAAAAUGGAGUAACCAUACCGCAAGAGGUUUAUGACAAUUUGAUCGACGAAUCCGCUACAGAAGUUAAGAAGAAACCAGCAAACGAACCAUCCGUCUUGGACCUGUUUCGGUAUCCGAAUCUACGUAAGAAAUCUCUCUUGAUAUUCUUCGAUUGGUUCGUGAACAGCGGUACGUAUUACGCACUGUCGUGGAAUACUGGUAAUUUGGGAGGAAAUGAAAUUGUAAAUUUUGUGAUCUCUGGAGCCGUCGAAAUUCCCGCCUAUCUGUUCUUGUUGUUUACUCUGAAUCGAUGGGGACGACGAAACAUUCUCUGCGGGUGUAUGUUAGUAGCUGGUACAUUAUUACUUUUAACAAUGGCAGUGCCUGACGGUCACAAUUGGAUAGUUGUAACGUUGGCUAUGUUGGGCAAAAUGGCCAUAACAUCCAGCUAUGGCACCGUUUACAUAUUUUCGGCCGAACAAUUUCCAACUCCUGUACGGAAUGUUGGAUUGGGUGCAUCAUCUAUGGUUGCCCGUUUCGGCGGCAUUUUGGCACCGUACAUUAAUUUAUUGGCUCUUAUUUGGAAGCCAUUCCCUCUGAUUGUGCUGGGUGCGUGUGCAUUUGUAGGAGGCCUUUUAUCGUUGUUUUUGCCUGAAACGCUAAACAAAAAAUUGCCAGAAACAAUUGAAGAAGGUGAAAGUUUCGGGAAGAAGGUGACAAAAGGUGAUGUUGAGGCUGAUGCUGAAGAGCUUAAAGUGUUGACUGGCAAGAAUGCGGAGAAAAAGUUAGCGAACGGCAAUGAUACAAAUGAUCAGUAGCUUAGAGUGACGAACAUUUUCAUACACGAAAUCAAUUUGUAUUUUUUACGAAAGAAAAUUAGUCUCUAAAUGGAGAUAUAUUUAUAUAACGUUUUAUAUCACUGAUUCAUCGAUAUGCCAAAAAAAACAUCCUUUUUAUCUACUUACCUACUUACUAAGUAAUCGUAAAAUUA